AUGGAGACUAGUAAGGCGAAGCUCGGCGAGGGUCAUCCAGACACAUUGACCAGUAUGGCGAACCUGGCCUCAACGCUUUGGUACCAGGGCCGGUGGAAACAGGCCGAGGAGCUUGGGGUACAGGUGAUGGAGACUCGUAAAGCAACUCUCGGCGAGGAUCAUCCCGACACGUUGACGAGUGUGGCAAAGCUCGCAUUAACGCUUUGGAACCAAGGCCGGUGGAAGGAGGCCGAGCCGCUUCAAGUGCAGGUGAUGAACAGUAGUAAGGCAAAGCUUGGCGAGGAUCAUCCUGACACAUUAGGGAGUAUUGCAAACCUCGCAUUGACAUUUUGGAACCAGGGCCGAUUAGAGGAGGCCGAGCCGCUCCAAUUGCAGGUAGUGAAGGGCAAUAAGGUGAAGCUCGGCGAGGAUCAUCCGGAGACGUUAAGGAGUAUAGCGAACCUAGCUAUGACAUUACAAGACCAAGGCCGAUGGAAGGAGGCCGAGGAGUUCCAAGUACAGGUGAUGGAGGCUCGUAAGAGGAAGCUCAGCGAGGAUCAUCCCGAUACGUUGAUGAGUAUGGCGAAUUUAGCUAUGGCGUUUCGGAACCAAGACCGGGGGAAGGAGGCUGUGGAGCUCCAAGUACAGGUAACAGAGGCGAGGAAGGCGAAGCUCGGCGACGAUCAUCCCGAUACUUUGAUGAGUAUGGCGAACCUCGCUCAUAUCUUAAAAUCUUCGGGUCGCGAUGCUGAAGCCAUCGAUGUGCUUCAAAAUUGCUUCGCCAAGCGAAAACGAAUACUAGGUCCAGACCACCCAGACACCAUAUCUGAUUCCAAAUUCUUGCUGAAAUGGGAAUCCCAAACGCCUCGGCGGAAGGGGCUGGAACAAGAAGCGCAGUCAAACGAUCCUGUCAUAGGCUGA